AUGCCUACCGUGUUUCACCGCGAGGUGGCCCACAAGGUCUCUGAUCUCGAAAGCCAGCAGACGGUGUCCUCAAUUGCCGAGAACCGUGCAGAGCACCAUGCGUUAGUGUGGAAAAAUGUCAGCUUCGAAGUCUCCAAGAAGGGCGUCAAGAAGACGAUCCUCUCAAAUCUCUCGGGAUACGUCUCCUCUGGAGAAAUGAUUGCAAUCAUGGGACCGUCUGGUGCGGGAAAAAGUACCUUCCUCGACCUGAUUGCUCAACGGACGCAGCCUUCUUCGGGCGCGAUCGAACUGGAUAGUACAGCAAAGUUUCGGAUGCGUGAUUAUUCUUCAUAUGUCGAACAAGAUGACGCUCUACUUGGUGUCCUCACAGUGCGAGAGACAGUCGAGUUUGCCGCAAAACUGAGCAUGCCGGCUUCUACCCCUCCCGAAGUCGUGCGGCAACGCGUGGAUUCGACCCUCACCAUGCUGGGUAUUUCGCAUGUAGCAGACAAUAUCAUUGGCACAGCAAUUCAACGCGGAGUCAGUGGCGGGCAAAAGCGCCGAGUCACGAUUGCGUGCGCGGUGGUGGCUCGUCCAGACUUCCUCAUCCUCGAUGAGCCCACUUCAGGACUUGACUCGGCUACUUCUACCGAGGUAGUUCGAGCAGUACAGCGGCUUACGCAGACCACUAAUUCUGUAACACUUUGCACGAUCCAUCAGCCAUCUUACGAGACGAUUUCGCAUUUCGACAAGGUCCUGCUCCUUGCUAACGGACGAACACUCUUCUUUGGAAGCGUCACUGCAAUGGAGGAGCACUUUUCCGUUCUUGGCUAUCCUACUCCCACCCACUUCAACCCAACUGAUCACGCCAUGACUCUUAUCAACACCGACUUUACCUCGUUGUCUACUUUAGACUCAGACCUACGAGAGACGAAGGAGAACGUCAUUGCGCGUUACGAUACGUUCGUCAAUGCCUGGCAGAUAUGCGAAAGAAGCGACCCGUCCAUUGUAUCACCACUAUGCGGUGUCCCGAACACCCUAAGCCCUCCAAAAGAGGGCGGGAAGAUUAACAGCGUGCCGCAGGAUAUGUACCGCACGUGGGUCCUUGCUCAGAGGACGUUCCUGAACUACCGGCGAAAUAUCUUGAACCAUGGCAUUCGUCUGGCUAUGUAUAUCGGGAUGAGUCUCAUGUUAGCGGUUAUCUGGAUCAGGUUGCCAAAGGAUGACCAACGUAUCAACGACCGUCUCUCUGUUCACUUUUAUGGUGUCGCAUUCUUGAGUUUCAUGAGCGUCGCUGGUAUCCCAUCCUUCCUGGAAGAACGCUCGCUCUUCAUCCGCGAGCGCGACAACGGACUUGUUGGCCCAGGUGCAUUCAUCAUCUCCAACACGCUUGUCACCCUUCCGUUCAUGUUCAUUUGUGCAAUAUCCUUCUCUCUGAUCUGUUAUUGGGCAAUUGGCUUGCAUCCGGGUGCGACAGCGUUCUGGCGCUUCACGUUCUUUCUUUUCCUCGCAACAAUAGCUGCAGAGAGUCAGAGCGUGCUUGUUGCUGCGAUUCUUCCCAUCUUCGUGGCGUCCCUUGCAGUGGCCAGCUUCAUGAACGGCUUCUGGAUGAGCGUCGGCGGAUACUUCAUGCAGACUCGCAAUUUACCGGCUUUCUGGCGUGACUGGGCUCAUUGGAUUGACUACCAGAACUUUGCCUUCGCAAACUUGGUGAAGAAUGAUUUUACAGGCUUGGUCUUCACUUGCCAAACACUCGCGGAUGGCUCAUGCCAGUGCUCAUACGCGAGCUCGCUCAUUGCCCAGGGUCAAUGUGCCGUAUCAGGCCAGGACGUGCUCGACCAACUGGAGAUUGCUGGCAUUGACAUCGGGCUGUACACUGGUAUACUCAUCUGCAUCAUCGCGGUGUACCGGGUGAUGCUGUAUCUCGCACUCGUGCUGCGCAGGAAGUAG